AUGAACGUCUUCAAAGGCCCCGAAUCACUGACCCAGUACUAUGAUCCAGAUCAAAAUCCCCCAUUGCCGCUGGUUGAAAUCCCUAAGCGCCUUAAUCCUCUGCGUGAAGAUGGCGUCCGGAUUUUCGCAAAGAUACUCACGGCGUUGCCAGCCCAGAAUGUUAAGUCUUUACCUGUGCUGAACAUGCUUCAACAAGACCCCGAUAUAAGAAGCAAGCCUCUCGCAGAGGCAAGCUCCGGGUCCACCGCCAUUUCCCUCGGCGUCAUUGCCAGAGCACUCUGGGGCCAUGAGGAUGUUCAUGCCCAUGUUUCCAAUAAAAAGCCUAUCUCUCAGAUGAAGCUGUUGAGGCUUUUCGGCAUCAGCGUGGACCUAUUUGGAGGCAUGACCCAGCCAACGUACGACGAUCCGAAAGGAAUAAUGGGAAGGUUGAGAAACCGGGCUACUCAGAAAGGAGAUAUUUUCAAUCCUGGACAGUACCACAAUGAGAAUAACUGGAAGUCCCAUAUUAGAUGGACAGGCCCACAAAUUGUAAGGCAACUACCUGAGAUCAACGUGUUCAGUGCCACGGUUGGCACUGGGGGGUGUGUUGUUGGCAAUGGGAAGUAUAUUAAAGCUAAGAAGCCUUCUACCACGAUUCUUGGCGUCUUCAAUGCCCACGGUGACACUACUCCAGGGCCUCGACACCUCCCCGGCAUGGACUGUGCCCCGUUCGCCCAGGAAAUUUUCGAAACAAUCGACUGUUACGAAAUUGUGAAAUCUGUCGACUCCUUUCGAACCUCCAUGUCGCUCUGCCGCAAUGGCAUCAUUUGUGGCCCGUCGUCCGGUGAAGCACUCCACGGUUUGCUCGCAUACCUGAAAAAACAGCAGGCAGCUGGCAGGCUCGGAGACCUUGCCGAGCCAGAGACAGGUGAAACCAACUGCGUCUUCAUCUGCGCCGAUCUCCCAUAUCAAUACGUCGACUUAUACCAUGCCAAGCUUCCAGAGGACGAAUUCCCAAAAAUAUAUAAUGAGGAGCUCCUAGCCUGCGAUUUGGAUGUUUAUGACGAUCGAUACCACCUCACACCACCACUUCUCAUCGACCUCCUAGAUCGAGGAAAUCUUAUCACCUCCAUAUUUUGCCAAGGUCUGGUCUCCGGGAUCCAGCUCCGCUUCAUCCUUGCCUAG